GAGGCUUUGCUGUGGCAGAGCCGUACCAGAUUCGGUGGCAUCGCGCAAGACUGGACAACCUACCCCCGAGAAGCUCAGGCACAGUUGAACCGGGCGCUGGUGCGUGGGGAUCGGAUUGUCGAGCUAUGCUUCCAUGGUUCUCGGUUCCGUGUGGAUCUGGUGAACAAGAAGCAGUACAAUGCAACGGACAUGACCAAGGUGAGAGAUGUCCGACUUGUCAACGUGCAGCCGAAGAUGUGGCUUCUUAUUUCAAAAAGUGAAGAAGCACAUUGGGUCGUACUGGAUGAAGCAAAUUGCAAGCACAUUGAAGAAGGCCUUGGUGAGCGACACCUCUGCCACGACGCGGUGCUUUUUGAAAUCUCGAAUCGUCGACUGGGCAGGUUAUACAUCGACAAGGCUAGGCAGCGUGCCUACGACUCUCUCUAUGAGGAUGCAUUCCGGGGCCUGCUAGCUUUGCCCAGAUCAAUGUGGGCCGCAGUCCAGGAAUGUCCACAGGAUGUAACAUUGCCACCUUCCUCCGAGUGGCAUCAGCUCCUGUUUCGUCAUUUUGAAGCCACCAAGUUCGGCGGCAGGAAGGGCAAGCGCGUUCUGAAUGAAGACUUGUUUGUUGGCGACAUCACAUGCCAUCUGCGGAAAAGGCUGUACCUGCAGUUUUUGGAGAAGGUGCACCGUUUCUCGGAGCGGGGCCGAGUGUUGCUUUGCUUCCAUGGAACGAAGCCACAGAACAGAGCUGAAAUCGUCGACAACGGCUUCUCCAUCAGCAAGGUCGGUGCCGGCUCGGGCAAUCAUGGUUGGUUUGGCAAAGGCAUCUAUUUCGGACGACGUGCCUACACAGCUCUGGGAUAUAACCGGGGUGCCGAACUUCUUUGCUGCCUCGUCGCGGUACAAGAUGUCUUCGUCACGCCUCCACCGGAUAGCUCGGGCAAUGCCUACCAUGGUCUGCCAUGCAAAUUGGGCUACGAUGCGCAUCUGUCGCCCAGUGGUAAGGAGCUUGUCCUCUUCAACCCUCGCCAGAUAUUGCCAUGCUUUACCCUGCAUUUGUCAAAGUAUGUGGAGUUAUCAGACCAGCAAGCCAUGUCGGUGCCAGCAUCGACCUACGACAAGAGUUCACCCAGUGAUUACAGACCUGCCUGCCAACCCCUGUUUGCUGAGACGGCCUGGCAGCGGCAGAAGGAAGCUCAGCAGAAGCACGACGAGGUUGAGCUUCUCUACGCGCAACUUCAGGAGCUGACCCAGCAAAAGCAUGCGGAGGAAGCUCGUGCGCGGCGCCAUGCCCAAGAUGUCCAGCGGGCAAAGCUGGAAUUUGAAGAAGCAACUCGGAAGCUCCGUGCGGCAGAGUCAGAGCUGUGGCAGCGGCAGGAGGAGCAGCGUCGCGAAGAGGAAGCAGAAAGGCUUCGGCGCGAGGAAGAGCAAGCCCGGCGCAUUGAGGAGGAGGUGGAGAAGCGCAUCCAGGACAAGGUUCAGGCUGAGCUCCAUCGACGCCUCGCGGCUGAGGAACGGCGUCUGCGCGAUGCCGAGGAGGAUCGGCGCCGCCAAGAAGCCCUGGAGGCAGAGAGAAAGCGAAUUGUUGAGGAGGACGUUCGCC